AUGAUUGGCAGAGCUCAUCGAGUUGUCUGUCCCUCACAGGUGUCAGUGACAUUUGAAGACGUGGCUGUGCUCUUUACUCGGGACGAGUGGAAGAAGCUGGAUCUGUCUCAGAGAAGCCUGUACCGUGAGGUGAUGCUGGAGAACUACAGCAACCUGGCCUCCAUGGGAUUCCUGUUUACCAAACCAAAGGUGAUCUCCCUGUUGCAGCAAGGAGAGGAUCCCUGGCAGGUGGAGAAAGAGGGCCCCAGAUACUUCUCUCUCGGAUUGAAGUGCAGUCAUAGAACCACUAAGUCAACUCAAACACAAGACUCUUCAUUUCAGGAACUGAUUGUGAGGAAAUCUAAAAGAACCUUUGCCUUCGAACCUUUGAACAUGAAGUCAGAAAAUCUUUUUAUACAUGAAGGCAAAUUAGAGGAAAAGUGGGAUAAGAAUACUUUGACUGUAGAAAGAAGCCAUAAAAACAAUGAAUUUAGCCCAAAGUCCCAUAGAGAAAAAAGGUCCUCAGAAUGUGAAAAGCAGAUAUCUUAUUUAUCUAACCCACCAGGAAUCACACCGGAUAAACGCUAUAAAUGUAGCAUGUGUGAGAAAACCUUCAUUAACACCUCAUCCCUUCGUAAACAUGAGAAAAAUCAUAGUGGAGAGAAAUUAUUUAAAUGUAAAGAAUGUUCAAAAGCCUUCAGCCAAAGUUCAGCCCUUAUUCAACAUCAAAUAACUCACACUGGAGAGAAGCCUUACGUAUGUAAAGAGUGUGGGAAGGCCUUCACUCUCAGUACGUCCCUGUAUAAACAUCUCAGAACCCACACUGUGGAGAAAUCCUACAGAUGUAAGGAAUGUGGUAAAUCCUUUGGCCGAAGGUCAGGUCUUUUUAUACACCAGAAGAUCCAUGCCCGAGAAAACCCUCAUAGAUAUAACCCAGGAAGGAAGGCAUCUGCUUCCCUCUCAGGAUGCCAGAGAGCUCAUUCCAGGAAGAAGACCUACUUGUGUAACGAAUGCGGCAACACCUUCAAGUCUAGCUCCUCCCUCCGUUACCAUCAGAGAAUCCACACCGGAGAGAAACCUUUCAGAUGUAGCGAAUGCGGUAGAGCCUUCAGUCAGAGCGCAUCACUUAUUCAGCACGAAAGAAUCCACACGGGAGAAAAGCCCUACAGGUGUGGCGAGUGUGGGAAAGGCUUCACUUCUAUCUCAAGACUCAAUAGACACCGGAUAAUUCACACAGGAGAGAAAUUUUAUAAUUGCAAUGAGUGUGGCAAAGCCUUAAGUUCCCACUCAACUCUUAUUAUUCACGAACGAAUCCACACUGGAGAGAAACCGUGUAAAUGUAAAGUUUGUGGAAAAGCCUUCAGACAGAGUUCAGCUCUGAUCCAACAUCAGAGAAUGCACACUGGGGAAAGACCCUAUAAAUGUAACGAGUGUGGGAAAACAUUCAGGUGUAACUCAUCCCUAAGUAACCAUCAGCGAAUCCACACUGGAGAGAAACCGUACCGAUGUCAGGAAUGUGGGAUGUCAUUUGGUCAAAGUUCUGCUCUUAUUCAGCACCGAAGGAUUCACACAGGAGAGAAACCGUUUAAAUGUAACACAUGCGGAAAGACCUUUAGGCAGAGCUCCUCACGUAUAGCACAUCAGCGAAUUCAUACUGGGGAGAAACCCUACGAAUGUAACACGUGUGGGAAACUUUUCAACUAUAGGUCAUCCCUUACCAAUCAUUAUAAAAUCCAUGUGGAUGAGGACCCUUAAAAAGUAAAUUUGCAUGUAGAAAAGCCUUAAACCAAAGCUCUUCAGAGAACGGGCUUGAGAGCUGUAAUAAACAUACUAUGGCGUCCCUAUAGUCAUUUAGUUACUGUCAACUAAAUUCCAUGGAUAAAUCCUGUGUAACAGGUAGGAGCGAAAUAUUCAUGCCUGUCCAACACUUUAAAAAAAAUUGCUUGAAAUCUGGUGGUUACGUGUAGUCCUGGCUACUGGGGACCCUGAGAAUUGCUUGACUCCACGAGUUUGAAGAGCAAAUGUAUGGAGCUUUCAUCUCAGAAGAUUAGUGACCUGAAAUGAAGAAUUCACAGCUGAGGGCCUUGACUUCAGGUAUUUGGAAAAUGGUGCUUUUCUCUAUGCAACAAUGUGUGCUAGAUACAAUUGUAAUCAUAGGCAUCUAAGUGAACAGAGGAGUGGGAUGGACUUAGCAAAACACAACACUCUACUGUUGUGAUACUUUUAUACUAUUUUAAUAAUAUCCAAAAGGGAUCAACACAUUUAAAAAAAAAAAGAGCCAAAAAGAAUAAAAUGAACUGUAA